AAUAUUCUAGCUGAUUCUAGCUGUAAUAGAAAAUGCAAAUUUUUUUAACUUUCGGGGCAUCUACUCCUUUUUUGAGUUGGUUGGUCCGAGCCCUGGUCAAAACACACGUCAUGAAAUUAAACAAAAGAAAGUCGUGCAACGAAAAACAAACAUUUUACGUGGAGAUCUCAUAUCUUUACCAGCUGAAAGAUGCCAUUGAGUGAAACAGUACUAGCAAGGAAACCUAACGACCGCAGGAGGUGCGUGAAAUGAAAGCUUAUUUUCGAUUUAGUAACCCUCGGCAGCUAGAAUACCAGUAAUAUUAAAACAAAAAACAACGAUACUUUUGCGAUGGAUACUGUGCAAACAACAGCCGCUCGGUCUUCUUCUCGAAGGUUAAGCAACGGCAAGUCCUAUGCAUCGCCCACUUUUAAUACUGAUCCUACAACCGCCAAGCAACAUGGAAGUCGAGCAAAUGCUGCAGCUAUAAACAGCGAAGCGCUAAUGCAGCUACAAGAACAGCAGCGCCUGGUGCGUGCCUCCCUGCUAUCCACCAGUUUCGUUAAUCUGUGCAUCUUCAUAGCGGGCUCAAGUGUGGCUUUCAUCCUCUAUGAGUUUCUGCAUUUCAGUCCGUAUAGCACGCUACUACGCCAUGCCACCAAGCAGCUGCAGCACUUACCUGGUGAGCAUUUCCUGCAGACGCGCGAUGAUUUUGCAAUUUAUGCAGCGCCAGCAAAGGGCGCGCUAGAUUUGGAAGCGUUUAAAGCAAUGCAAGGUAGUUUAAAAGAGGAAGUGUCCGCUCAUGAUUCUGCGACCAAUGCAAAAGAGGCGCUCGACUCGCUAAAAUUGGCCACAGAAAUGCGCGCGCUUGGUAAGGAUGAUAAAGCGCAACGAUUAUACGAGCAUGCUUUCGCGCUGGCGCCAAAGCAUCCUGAGGUGUUGCUUCGCUACGGAGAGUAUUUGGAGCAUAAUCAGCGCGAUAUUGUGCUUGCAGAUCAGUAUUACUUUCAGGCUCUGAUGCUCAAUCCCGCAAACACAGAGGCUGUAGCAAAUCGUCAGCGCACCGCCGCCAUUGUACAAUCAAUUGACGAACGGAAGCUAGAAGUGCUGGACUUAAAGCGUGACGCGCUUUCAGCGGUGCACGAAUCAAAUUCGGCACUACGGCGCGCUAAGAAAGAGGCUUAUUUCCAACAUAUCUACCACUCCGUAGGCAUUGAGGGCAAUACCAUGACGUUGGCGCAAACGCGUUCUAUUUUAGAGACACGGAUGGCUGUCGAUGGCAAGUCGAUAGAUGAGCACAACGAAAUUCUUGGUUUAGAUUUGGCUAUGAAAUACAUUAACGCGAGUUUGGUAAAUAAAAUUGAAAUUACCUUGAAAGAUAUUUUGGAAAUACACAGACGUGUGCUGGGUCAUGUUGAUCCCAUAGAGGGUGGAGAAUUUCGACGCACACAAGUUUAUGUGGGGGGUCACGUGCCACCUGGUCCCGGUGAUUUGGCUGUACUCAUGCAACGUUUUGAGAUUUGGUUGAAUGCAGAGCAUACGGUUUCUCUGCAUCCAGUAAAACAUGCCGCCUUGGCACACUACAAACUGGUGCACAUACACCCCUUUAUUGAUGGCAACGGACGUACUUCGCGUUUGCUUAUGAAUGCGUUAUUGAUGCGCGCUGGGUAUCCGCCCAUAAUAAUACCAAAGCAACAGAGGCACAAAUACUAUCAAUUUCUACAGCUGGCAAAUGAGGGCGACAUACGUCCCUUUGUGCGCUUCAUAGCCGAUUGCACAGAGAAAACUCUGGAUCUAUAUCUUUGGGCAACAAGUGAUUUGCCACAGCAGAUACCAAUGCUAGCGCAAACAGAGAAUGAGUUGGCAAGUGUGGAUAAGUUAGUGACGGCCACAAUGACUGACUCAACCGCAGCAGAGAAAGCAACCACAGCGCCGGUAGAUAUAUUUGAAUCUGGCUCGGGGGAAAUUCCUUAACAUUUUAUGAAAAUUUUGAUAUUAUUGUAUGCCAUAGAAUUUAACAGUGAAACGAGAGUCGUAGACGUCAUAACUUAAAUGUAAGCUAGAUAUGGGCUAAAAAGUAGUGCGGGUGGUAAGCGAAAAAGAAUCAAAAAUUUACAUUAUGCUAGGGUUAUUAAAAAAUUAUUUUUUUAUGCGCUGAUUAUUGUACUUUUUUAUAUGUGUAUGUAAAUAUGCAACACUUGACUGUGAUCCAUUGGAAGUGUAAAAGGGUUUAGUUAAAAACUUGACAUAGAUUUCACUCCGUAUACGCGGCAUGCUGCUGAGGAAAUGCAUAAAAUCUUUGUACGUCAAAUCGAAACUUCCGAAUUUGUUAGAAAAAUCUAAAGUUUUUUGUUCUGUGGUGUAAAUUAAUAUAAAUGCAGAAAUAAUUUCAAAUUAUAAUUAUUAAUAAUGCCAAAAAGCUACAUUUAUAAAAAGGGCACUGCCAAAUUGUAAACGAUAACCAAAUAACAAUUUGACUUAAAGUAAUAAUUUAUUACAAUGUAUAACAUAUUUUUAACUACAAUUUUACGCAACAAAAAUAUCACUUCUCUAAGCAAAACACGAUGUAGCUACAUUCGUAAAAAUUAUUGAGUCGAUCAUAAAGCACAAAUUGAUUAAAAAAAAUAUAUACAAAU